AUGUCCGCGACGCAGGCUGCCCAGGCCUCUCAGAGCCUGGUGAGCAAGCUCCCUACCCGUCUGCGUAACUUCUUCGCCAAAUAUCCUCCGCAGAUCUACUCGCAACUGGUCGCUCCUAAGCCGACUCCUCCUCCUGAAUUGGCAGCCGCGAAUACUGCAUCGGACGGAUCGUCAUCGACGACGGCGCUGCAACCGCUCCCAUCCCCCUACACGCCGGAUCGAGACGCCAAGGGCUCCAAGCGGCAGGACCCGACAGCGUGGUCGCCAUCGAAGGCGCUCCUCUACUCCAACCCGGACUAUCCCAACCCGUUCCUGCCGCGGAAGAACUACCGCACGGGCAAGUGGAUCGGACCUCGCUAUGGGCUGCGGCAGCAGGCGGAUCUGGUGAAGCUGGCCAAGAAGUACGGCGUCGAGGAGCUGCUGCCCCCGGGGAAGAAAUCGACCAUAUACAAGGAAACGCGUCGGAUGGAGCGUGGUCUCCAGAUCAAGGGUACCGGUAUCGGCCAGAAGGUCAAGGGUCACCAGUGGGAGCGGACGAUGGAGUCGAGACUGGAAGAGAGAAGGAGGGCGAUGUUGGAGAUGCCCGCGCUCAUCAGAGAAUGGAAGCAGAGAGGUCACGGAAGAGGAUGGAAGAAGUGGCCCAAGAGGUAA